AUGUCGGCCACCACCACUACUCCAAUUACAACCAAUGACACCGCUUUCCUCCACAUCUCCAUCAGACCUCUUCACCCGACUUUCGCCGCUGAGAUCAGUGGUGUGGAUUUUACAUCCAGUUUGAGUGAUGAAGUGUUUGCGGAAAUCCAUCAGGCUGUUACCAAGUAUGGCGUCGUAGUCUUCCGGAGCACUGGCCUCACCGAUGAAGGUCACAUUAAUUUCUCCAGGAAAUUUGGAGAGCUAGAUGAUGUGACGCCCUAUGUCAAUAUGGGCCGGAAGCACCGUCUCAAAUACGUCGAACUUUUCGAUGUUAGCAAUGUCGAAAUCGAUGGAACCAUUCUUGAUCCUGACAGCCCCCGCGGACAGGCAAACAAGGGCAACGAUAUCUUUCACGUCGACUCGAGCUUCAACCCUCGCCGCGCCGGCUACUCGUUGCUUUUGGCACACGAGCUUCCUCCUAGUGGUAUGGGCGGUCACACGGCCUUUGCAGACACGAGAACAGCAUUCGAAACCCUUCCCUCAGAUCUUAAAAAGGAGCUGUUAGCCAAGGACUAUGUGGCUUGUCACUCUAUGUACCACUCUCGCAAGCUGGCUGCUCCCGAGACAUUUGCUGAUCUCAACCCGCUCGACUAUCCCAUGGGGCGGCACAAACUUGUGCAGCGUCACGAGGCCUCGGAUCGCAUGAACAUGUAUAUUGCAGCCCAUAUUCAUCAUAUCGAGGGCCUAUCCCCUGAACAGUCCCAGUCAUUGUUUGACAAAUUGUACAAAUACUCCAUUCGUGAUGAGAACACCGUUGAGAUUGAGUGGCAGAACAUGGGUGACCUGGUCAUCUGGGAUAACACUUGCACGAUGCAUCGGGCUGUUGGGGGAUCCUUCCUCCGAAAGUACAAGCGCGAUAUGAGACGUACUACCGUUCAUGAUUCAAGUUCGACGGCAUGGGGCUUGAACGAGCAUACCAAUGUGCGACAAGGUCUUCCUUGA